AAGCACUAGUUGAUGUAUCUCAUAAAGAUGUGUCUAAUGAGUUUCCCUCGUAAUUACUUUAGCCCUUUCACUACACCAUUUACUUGUAACAGUCAUUGCCCAAGUGUCUCUAUAUAAACUCUCUAAGGUUGACAUUCACUUCUCAUCACAAACACAAUCAAAUCAACCAGACUCGCUUCCUAAUCUUUACCUCCUUUAUCAUUCUGCAGAGAAAUGGCUAACCAAUCCAGUUUCAUUGUUACUUUCACAAUGACGCUCAUGCUCAUGGUGGCUUCUUCCACAGUGACAGCUCGACCUCUCGUGAAACCAACCGUGGGUGCACCUUCUCCUUCCUCAAGCCUUGUGUACCGGCUCAGGCUUGAUGAAGACACAGGUUACUGCUGGGACUCACUGAUGCAGCUCCAACACUGCUCUGGAGAGCUCAUCAUGUUCUUCCUCAACGGUGAGACUUACAUUGGCCCUGGCUGUUGCGGUGCUAUAAGAACCGUUGGAAGCAAGUGUUGGCCUACUAUGAUUGGUGUUCUUGGUUUCACUGCUCAAGAAGGUGACAUGCUCCAAGGUUACUGUGAUGACCAUGACUCUGACAACGAUGGUGAUGACCAUGACGCAGACAACCAUGCUUUUGCCUCCUCACCACUGCCUCUGUCCGUGAAAUUCAAGCCUGCAACUGUUGUUAGAUCUUCUAACCCUUGAAUCGCAGGAUUCAGCGCCU